UGCAGAGUGGGUGAUGGAAUACUAUCAGAAAAGACCGGGAAUAGAGGUAUUGCUACAAAGAAUUGAUGAUUUUAUAACCACUCAUGAGGCGACACUGGAACAGGAAAGAAGAGAAAGAGAAGCCCGUGUUGCAGAGGGAGGAUGGACUGUGGUAACCCAUCACAAAGGAAGGAAGAAGACCACAGAUAGUGAAAGUGGAAUUGUUGUUGGCUCUGUUUCCCAGGCUGCUUUGGAGGACAAGCUGGCUAAGAAGAAGCGCAAGGAAGUUGGAUCGGAUUUCUACCGAUUUCAGAGAAGAGAAGCGCAGAGGAGUGAGAUAAUGAUGUUGCAGAGUAAAUUCGAGCAAGAUAGAAAGCGAAUACAACAGUUGAGAGCUGCCUGGAAGUUCCGACCUUACUGAAACAGCUAGAGGACUAUGUGUCCUAGCAAAGGCAUUCAAGUGAUGAAUAUGCUACCUUGACUACUCUCUUUGAAAACACCGGGAACUUCAAUUGGCUAAUUUAAGGCGUCGCCACCUUUUCCUUUGCUCUCUUUUUGAAGAGAAAAUAGAAAAAGGCUGGCC